CCGCUCUACUCUUCCUUGAUUCUCUCGACUCCUGGAACGCAGCCUAGACCACGUGAUAAAAAUAUAAUAUCAGGUUAUAUAUAUGUGUGUACCGAAAAGAUUUCCUCGGUAUUGAAUUAUGACAAGCCAGUAGGUAUUUUUUCAUGUACUUGCUGUCGCGUCACUUGAAAUAUACGUGUAUAUUUAUACUUUUCGUUAAACUCUAUCUUAUCGAAUAAAUCCUAAUGGAUAAAAAAACUAUGAAGAAUAAGGAAUGUAAGCGUAAAGCAAACAGCAACGAAUAUAAAUUCAAAAAGCAUGGACAGCCGAAGGUAUUAUAUAAUAAAAAAUUUUCUCCUUUGAAUAGAAAACGGAGAAAUGAAUACGAUGCGGAUGAAGAAGCUAGAUUAGAAAAAGUAGUUUUUGGUGAUCCAAGUGAUGUUGUAAAUAAUUUACUGGAUGAUCAAUCUCUAACAAAAAUAAUAAACGUAUCUGUUGAUACUGAAAAUAAAAAAGUAAUAGAAGAUCAUGAGAAUAAUUCAGAUCAAGAUAUUUCAGUUUUAAAUGAUGGGGAAGAUGCCAAGCUGGAGGAAAAGAAAGCAGUAUGGAUAGAUGAUGACGAUUACAAUUAUACCAUGGAUAUAGCGCUAAGUGCACAGAAUCGCAGAUUGCCAUCCAAAAAAUCAGAAAAAUUGUAUACAACAUACUUGGAGAAUAGGUACAAAUUGUUUGUGGGUACUCCAAAAUGGGCUGAAUUUGAGAAAAAGGAUAAAGCUGAUGACUUGGAUAAUGAUAUUUUGAAGCAUAGUUGCCAUUUAGAGACGCCACAGGUAAAGAACCUGCCAAAAAAUAUUAUUGAUAUCAAAGCACUCAAGGCUUUGAAUAAAAGUACUCAUACCGAAGGUCCUAUCAUCACGAGUGUAGAUUUUCAUCCAUUGUCUACUGUAGCUUUGGUCGCUGGUACAUCAGGCAUUUUGUCAUUGUUUCAGGUAGAUGGUCAUACAAAUGGUAAAUUGCAUAGCAUGCAAUUUGAAAAAUAUCCAAUUAGCAAAGCAACAUUCAUGAAAAAUGGAACGGAAAUCUUGCUUGGUUCCCAAUAUUAUCCAUAUUGUCAUACAUAUGAUUUAAUGAAUGGCAAAACAUAUAAAUUACCUUUGCCACAUGGAAUUACAAAUAUGAAACGAUACGAAGUAUCUCCUGAUGGCAAUUUAAUAGCAUUAUGUGGAAGAUCGGAUGAAAUAUAUUUAUUACAUAAUUCUACUAAAGAACUUAUCAGUACACUCAAGAUGAACUCGAAAUGUAGAACACUAAUGUUCAGUCCAGAUAAUAGAACACUUAUCACACACGGUAAUGGUAGCGAAAUGUAUGUGUGGGAUCUCAAUACUCGUACAUGUAUUAAUCGUGCCACAGACGAUGGAUGCAUAUCUUGUGUGUCACUUGCCGUAUCCCCAAGCGGUCAGUUUAUAGCGACAGGUAGCGCUCAAGGUGUGAUUAAUCUUUAUAACACAAAAAAUGUUCUGGAGGACCAAAGUCCCAUACCUUUAAAAAUAGUGAUGAAUCUUGUAACUAGUGUAACAAGCUUGAAGUUUAAUCCGACUUCCGAAAUAUUGAGCGCGGCAUCAGUUGACAAAUACAAUGCAUUUAAAAUGUUGCACAUACCUUCGUUUACCGUAUUUUCGAACUUUCCGACGUUUCAAACUAAAAUAGGUCAGCCGCAAAUGAUUAAUUUUUCCCCUGGCAGUGGUUAUCUCAGCAUUACCAAUACAACAGGCUCUGCUCUGCUAUAUAGAUUAAGACAUUAUGGAAAUUAUUAAUUAUAUCAAUAUGUAAUAAGAUUUUUCUAACGUUUUGUAAAAAAUAUAUAUGAGUAUCUUAUUACAUUUACAUGUAUAUAUGAAUGCAUAAAAGUAGUAUAAAUUAUUUUCCACAUUUUAGCUACUUGUCAUAUAACAUUUUCGAGUGAAGCAGACUUUUCUAUUUUAUUUUCUUUAAAAAUAAAAUGUGAUUGUAUAUUUCUUUCAAGUUAUAUAAAACUUUUUAUUUUAGAAAUUAUUAUGUUAUAUGUCACACAAAAAUUAAUUUUGGCUACAUUAAAAAAAAAGAAAAAGUUUUACAAUUUUUAAAUAUUAUCUAUCCUUAGAAGAACUACAAGUAUCGCAAACAUUUUUUUCAUAUAUCAAAUAUAGUAAAAACUACAAAUUAA